UUUCAGGGUAAUCACUUUGAUCAGUAUGAAGAAGGACACCUGGAAAUCGAACAGGCCUCUCUCGACAAGCCUAUAGAAUCGCCCAGUUUUUAAAGCCAGGAUAAUAUUGGACAUCGCUUACUCCAGAAACAUGGGUGGAAGCUGGGCCAGGGAUUGGGAAAAUCUCUUCAGGCAUUAUGACCCUGGACUUGUUGUGGUGAUGGUAAACUUAGCAGUGGGAGAACUGAUCCGAUCCCCAUCGUUGUCAAGUAUGAUGUCAUGGGCAUGGGCCGCAUGGAGAUGGAGCUCGAUUAUGCCGAAGAUGCUACCGAACGGCGUCGUGUCCUAGAAGUGGAAAAGGAAGAUACAGAAGAGCUGAGGCAGAAGUACAAGGAUUAUGUUGACAAAGAGAAGGCUAUUGCCAAGGCCUUGGAAGACCUGCGAGCCAACUUCUACUGUGAGCUCUGCGAUAAGCAGUACCAGAAGCACCAGGAGUUCGACAACCACAUCAACUCCUACGACCAUGCGCACAAGCAGAGACUAAAAGAUCUCAAACAGAGAGAGUUUGCCCGCAAUGUCUCUUCAAGGUCCCGGAAGGAUGAGAAGAAACAAGAGAAAGCCCUUCGGCGGCUCCAUGAGUUGGCAGAGCUAAGAAAACAAGCAGAAUGCGCACCUGGGAGUGGCCCCAUGUUCCGACCAACCACAGUGGCCGUGGACGAAGAAGCAGGAGAUGAGGACAAGGAGGAGUCAGCCAGUGGCUCAGGGUCUGCCAUAGGAUGUGGCCUGGGCUCCGAGUUCUCCACAGAGAAGGGAGGCCCCUUCACUGCAGUUCCAGCCAUAGGCUCCACAGGGCUGCCACAGGCUUCAGGGCCAGCCACCCAUGGUGUCAGUUUCAGCUUUAAGAACAACCUGGGGACCCCAUUGCAGAAAUUGGGGGUGUCGUUUUCCUUUGCCAAGAAGGCACCUGUCAAAUUAGAAUCCAUAGCUUCAGUUUUUAAGGACCAUGCAGAAGAAGGGUCCUCUGAGGAAGGAACAAAGCCCGAAGAGAAGGGUUCUGAUCAAGCGCUGCAGAAGGCAGGAGACACUGAUGGGGGUGGGAACACUGAGGGCAAGAAGGAUGAGGAAGACCCGCAGGAUGGUGGAGCCCUGGCCUCCACGCUGUCCAAGCUGAAGCGGAUGCGGCGGGAGGAGGGCACAGGCGCCGUAGAGCCCGAGUAUUACCACUACAUCCCACCAGCGCACUGCAAGGUGAAGCCCCACUUCCCCUUCCUGCUCUUCAUGCGGGCCAGUGAGCAGAUGGACGGUGAGGCCAGUGCACACCCCAACAAAGGUGCCCCGGAUGGCAGGAAGAGCAGCUCCCCCAAGCCGAAGAGCUCUGCCAGGGUGCCCCUCAGCCAAGCAGCAGAGCAAGGGCCCAGCGACAGCUCUGAACCCCCCAAGGAACCAAAGGAAAUAGAGAAGGAGGCCACGGAGGAAGCUGAACUUGCCCAGCCUGGGGGCAGAACUGAGGCCUGGAAGACACCUAUGGGAUACACUGGGGAGCAGGGCCCAGGGCAGCAGGGUGCCCCUGGGUCGUUGGAGGCACAGCUGUGCGAUCCCGAGCCCACCAAAGAAUCUUGUGUGCCCGGGGCCAGUGCUUCAGGGAGGGACAGCCAGGAGGGCCCCCGCCACCCGACUGGGCCCUUCUUUCCGGUGCUGAGCAAGGACGAGAGCACGGCCCUUCAGUGGCCAUCAGAGCUGCUCAUCUUCACCAAGGCUGAGCCCUCCCUUUCCUACAGCUGCAACCCUCUCUACUUUGACUUUAAGCUCUCCAGGAACAAGGAUACCAGACCCAGAGGGGCAGAAAGAGCAAAGGACUCCGGCGGCCCCUCCAGGGAUCCCCUCCCAGGCUCAGAGGUGGAGGGACCAAGUGGAGACAAGGAUGCUGGGGAAGCCAGUGUGACCGUGGGGCCAUCUGCUGCUCCUGCUGGGCCCGAGCCCGGGAGCAGCCACAGCCUGGCACCCCAGGACACGAUGCGGAGUGGGGGCAGCCGGAAGGAGCGCCCUGGGAGGGCACACCGGCACAAGAAGAAAAAGAAACAUAAGAAGUCUGGAAAGCACAAGCGCAGGCACAAGGCCGACCCAGAGGAGAAAGGCUCUAGGGCUGAGCCCAGCGAGAAGUCCAAGAAGCGCAAGAAACGGAAACGAAAGAAGAAGUCCGCGGGCGGGGCCGACUCGGAGCGGGACCCCAAGCCAGAGCCCCCUGGCAGCGGAAGCCCUCCCCCACCCAGGCGGCGGCGGCGGGAAGAGUCCCAGCGGAGACCCCUGCCCACCACUGACCAGGGCAGCGGGGGCCAGCAGGACACUGGCGGAGGUGCGCAGGAGCGUAGCGGGCGCAGGCACCGGGGUGAGCCCCCAGCCGCUUCAUGCCAACGCCGGGCCAGCACCCCAAGGACAGGCAACCCCCACCGCCAUAGCCGGCCCAGCAGUGGAGACGAGGACAGUGACGGUGACACGUCCCACCGGCCCCGCCAGGAGUCGCCAUCCCAGUACAGCGAGGACGAGGAGGAGGACUCCGGCAGCUCGCGCUCCCGCAGUCGCUCCAGAGGGCGCCACCACUCCUCCCGCCGCUCCUCCCACCGCUCCUACUCCAGCAGCUCAGCAGAGUCUUCAGACCAAAGCUGCUACAGCAGGCCCCGCAGCUACUCUGAUGACAGUUACAGCGACUACAGUGACCGCUCCUGCCGGCACUCUAAGCGCUCUCAGGACUCGGACGACUCGGACUACACCAGCCCCAAACGCCACUCCAAGCGCCGCAAGUACUCGUCCUCCGAAGAUGACUACAGCCUCAGCGGCAGCCAGUCCGGCAGCCAAUCGCGGAGCCGCUCCAGGGAGCAUUCCCGGUCCCGGUCCCGCAGCAGCAGCCAUAGCCGGAGCCAGCGGAGGAGCCGCAGCACCACUGCACACAGCUGGCAGCGCAGCCGCAGCUACAGCCGAGACCGAAGCCGCAGCACACGCAGCCCUUCCCAGAGGUCCGGCUCCAGGAAGGGGUCGUGGGGCCACGAAAGCCCUGAGAACCGGCGACCUGGCCGCCGGGACUUCAUUCGCUCCAAGAUCUAUCGCUCUCAGUCCCCUCACUACUUCCGGUCAGGCCGGGGCGAAGGUAUUGGGAAGAAAGAUGAUGGCCGAGGAGAUGACAGGAAAGGGACAGGCCCACCCCAGAACAGCAACACCAGUGUGGGAAGAGAGUCAGAAAGUGACUGUAGCCCUGCGGAUAAGAAUUCUGUCACUGCAAAACUGCUCCUAGAGAAGGUGCAGUCUAGGAAAGGGGAACGGAAACCCAGUGUGGGCGAGGAGGUGCUGGCCACCUCCAGUAAGGCUGGGCUUAAGCUCAAGGAUCCCCCACAAGGUUACUUUGGACCCAAGCUUCCCCCUUCUCUGGGCAGCAAGCCUGUCCUUCCACUGAUAGGGAAGCUCCCAGCUACCCGAAAGCCCAACAGGAAAUGUGAGGAGUCUGGGGUGGAAAGGGGGGAAGAACAAGACCAGUCUGAGCCGGAAGAGGGGCCCCCCGGGAGUGGGCGCCUGCUCCCUUCGGAGGACACUGCUGGUCUGUUAUCUGACCCACCUCCAGAAGAGUUUAAGUCCGAAGAAGCUCCUGCUGACCACCCUGUGGCUCCACUAGGUACCCCAGCGCACUCUGACUGCUACCCCGGGGACCCAGCCAUCUCCCGUAGCUACCUCCCUGAGCCCAGUGACGGGGACCCCCUGGAGUCUCUGGAGAGCAGCAGCCAGCCGGGCCCUGUAGAAGCCCCCGACCCGGAGCAGUUUGCAGGCUAUGCGCCCCCCAGCGGGGAGCCCAGCAUUGAGUCCAUCGAGGGGGCCGAGGAUGCCUCGCUGGCCCCCCUGGAGAGCCAGCCCAUCACCUUCACACCAGAGGAGAUGGAGAAGUACAGCAAGCUCCAGCAGGCUGCACAGCAGCACAUCCAGCAGCAGCUGCUGGCUAAGCAAGUGAAGGCCUUCCCGGCCUCGGCUGCCCUGGCCCCCGCCACACCUGCCCUGCAGCCCAUCCACAUCCAGCAGCCAGCCACAGCCUCGGCCACCUCUAUCACCACGGUCCAGCAUGCCAUCCUGCAACACCAUGCUGCUGCUGCCGCAGCAGCCAUUGGUAUCCACCCCCAUGCUCACCCCCAGCCUCUGGCCCAGGUGCACCACAUCCCCCAGCCCCACCUGACACCCAUCUCCCUAUCCCACCUCACUCACUCCAUCAUCCCUGGCCACCCCGCCACCUUUCUUGCCAGCCACCCUAUCCACAUCAUCCCUGCUUCUGCCAUCCACCCUGGUCCCUUUGCCUUUCACCCAGUUCCACAUGCUGCCCUCUACCCCACUCUGCUUGCCCCUCGGCCUGCUGCGGCAGCUGCCACCGCCCUUCAUCUCCACCCACUGCUGCACCCCAUCUUCUCAGGUCAGGACCUGCAGCAUCCCCCCAGCCAUGGCACUUGAGUUGGGCGUGGGAGCCUUCCACCAGGGAAGGUACCCUGAGAGUUCCCUCGGGGUGUGGAGCCACCAGUGCCAGGCGUGUACACUGGGCAGGCAGUGUCUGGGAGCCAAAGAGCCGAGCUUUGGCAUGUAGUACUGGGCUGAGAAUGAGACUUGCUUUGUGUUUACUAUCAGGGAUUUCCCUUUGUGCAUUCUCUCUAUCCUCUCUUUCCUAUGUCUUUAGCUAGGGAGCUCCCUGUGUGCAGGGACGCCUCCAGGUCAUCACCCUCACCUCAUCUCCCUUUGCCUCUCCUUUUUAUCCUGAGCUCCUCCCUUCUACGAACCUCAAGACACUGUCCCAUCUCUGGUCCCUGGGAAGUCAUAGGCCCAUCUGGCCCUGCACUCCUGGUGCCCCGCUCCUGCCCCAUGGUGAACGCUCCGCCACCUAGGGCACGUGCCUUCCACGUCCCUUGGUGACUUGUUGCCUGAUUGAGGCCAAAAGGAAAUAGGAUCUGGAACUGGAGCAGCCCAGUUGGCCACGUGGUCCACUUCCUGGCACUAGGCCUUCAGUCCCUCAUCCAGGAGAGGCCUCUGUGCAGCCCAGGAGAACGGAGCCUUUCCUGAGCAGGCCUCACAACCCUCACCGGGUGCUCCCCAGGGCGGGCACUAGUCGGAAGGUGUGUCUUCUGUUGUGUUGAUGUUUCCUUCUUAAUUUAUAGAAUUUUUUAAUGUAAAAAUUGCACUGAACUCUAUGAACAUAAAUGCUGCUUUUUGUAGCUCAUAUAAAAAGGUUCCAUAUUUGUAGUAUACCGCAAUAAUAUUUUUUACAUCCAGCUCUUUAAGUGAUCCUUGUUCUGGUGGCUUUGUGUAAAUAUGUUUGCCCUAGUUGAAGUAAGAAUCUUUAAGGGUUAUAAAAUGAAAACAAAAAAAUAAAGUUUUUGUUUUCUGCUAGAUACAAAAAUGACUAAUCAUGUAUAUUUUAUCAAGCUCGUGUGUUCUUCGAAGUUAGGAACCAUGAGAACAUGAGCCGUCCAGUACUGUACAGUAAGUGGUGCCCCAUCCUGUCCCAGACAAGGCGGGCAGCUGCAGGUUGGGGCUGGCAGCACAUUCUCCCUUCCUGGCGGACAGGCAGGUGCUGCCGCUGCUUCCUACAGCAAAGAGGGGACCCCGCAGCCUUGUUCUCUGGGAGCACUAAGAUUCAGGCUGACUGGGACCUUGGAUUUCUGAGUCCCGCGCCUUCCCAGUGCUUACUUAGCCUCUGGCAGUCUCUCCCAUGUGCCUUUUCAGUGGGCUGGAACCUGAAGAGCAGUAGCCAGGGGGUCAGCCAAGUGGUAUCUGCUCCUCUUCUGCUCAGACGCUGUACCUCUUGGACUUCCCACCGUGCACCCUCUGCCCAGCAAGGCUUCCAUGGCGCAGGCUGCUUUCCCUUCUCUGACCACGGAUGCCUCCUGCCACAUCCCUCUUCUGGCUCCCCUGACCCAAGGUGCUUGGCUCACAGGCCCCAGUGUCUUGCUGUGUCCCUGCCCACCAUUUGGUUGUGGCUAGCCUAGGCCGAGUGGUGAGCAGGCUGGAAAGAGGAACUCAGCUCUCCUGGCCCAAGCCUCCGUGUCCUGCCAUCUUACCAGCUUCUUGAGGAAAGGGUCUGCGCCCAGAAGCCCUGUGCACUCCCCCUCCCCAGGCAGCGCCGCCUCUCGUCUGCCUGCGAGGCAAGCGCCCUGCACGGCCAUCCCUGGAGGAGCCGAGUCCUCUGGCUCAGCCAGAGGGGCCCACUUCACUCUCCUUCAGCCCACAUAAUAGUAUAAACAGUACAGUGUUAGCUUUUGUGCUGCUUCCCAUCCGCUUGCAGAUUGGGUUGUGUGUGCUCUGGCCACCUCUCCGCCUUCCUAGGGCAGUUUUAUUCAAUCUCCAGAAGAGUGAUUUUAAAACCUAAAAAGGAAAAAUAAAAUAACCUGUUCUUACAAGCAUAACAGAUUGUAUUUAACUUCAUCGCAUAUGAUAGCAGUAUAUGCUGUAAAGGGAGAAAGGAGCUUUCUAAUAAACCAGCGGUGUG